GUUGCUAUUCCGCUGCCCCGUCCCGGGCCCCGGAGUCUGCCGAAUGACCGGGAGACUGCCGAAGGCAGUUCGCCGCCCUUCCGGGAAGCACCGGCCACUCCUGCUGCGCCCUCCGACAUGAGGCCCUCCGACAUGGGGCCCUCCGACACGGGGACUCGGGCAGCAGCCACAGCAUCAGUCUCCCGGCCAGCUGCCACCCCAUCAGCUCCGGACGAACCCAGCGUGCCUUUCACAUGCACGUUUGGAGAGGACGUGCAGCAGCUGGGUUUUCGCAUCAAGUGGACUGGAGACAG